ACAGUCACAGAAAUAUUUCUCGCCCUUAUAAUGACCAGUUUCAAUAUAAAUUCGUGAAUUCCAGACUUAUGAAUUUCACGCGACUGUCAGUGUGAGAAAGUCCAGCUUCCGUAGUGGAGUCCUGGAAAGCUGCUUUAUCAAUAAGUUCGUUUUUUUUUUUUUAACAGGAACUCUACGUUGUGUUGAGUCGCCAUGAUGUUUACAAAGCUUGUUGGCCUAAUCAUCCUGAUUCAUCUCGCAACUGGAUGGACAAAUGAAGACCCAGACAACAACACUGAAGGAGGACUGGCUAAGGACACAUCUGUGCUAACACCGCCCUUCGUUCCACAAAAGAAAAACCUUUCCAGACUUCCGUAUGUAAAAGAAACCGAACGGAAGGACCCCGGUGCUCUGGAAACUACGUUGCUUGAUAUUCCAGCAAUAUCUAGACCCAAGGUACUCCUUCCUAAACCUCCGAACAUUGGCAACCAAGAGGUCAACAACCCAGGUAUCUUCAGUAUUCCAGAGCAAAUCACGGAGAAAAUGACAGAACUGGAUUUCAGUAAUAUACCUGAGCAUAGAAAACACCAAAUGGACCAUGGGGAUGCACAAAAUCCCAUGAAUUCAAUUACCUCUAUGUCUGAAACCCCAAAGUUUCUUAACUCUAAUUUCCCAAGUAUACUUGAUUUAAAAAUGCAUAAAAAGCGUACAGCUGACUUCCAAGAAUCCCCCAGAAACCCAUUCACUGGAAUUCACGCUAUAUCGACAUCCAGAUAUAUCUCUAUACCUAAUAUAUCAAACAGUCCUGUCCCGAUUAAAACAAAUAUUCAGAAACUCAUAAAUUAUACGGCUGGAGAUAGAAUUCCUACACUACCUUCCGCAAACUUCCCCAGACUUCCAUUCACAAAUCCACCAGAAGAUACCAAUUAUCACCAAACCUGAUCUUCAAGCUUUUCUUAAAACACUUUUCCACGGUAUUACUAAAUAUUCAGGGCAAGACUUAGGAUAUACCUGGAGCCAGUGCAAACGCUAAUUACUUAGGUUUGUUUGAUUGUAUGGUGUUUUUACGUAGCAUGGAACCAGUGGUUAUUCAGCAACGGGACCAACGGCUUCACGUGACUUCCGAACCACGUCGAGAGUGAACUACUAUCACCAGAAAUACACAUCUCUCACACCUCAGUGGAAUGCCCGAAUAUCGAAAUUGCGGCCACCGAGGUGGCAGGCCAAGACCAUGCCGAUCACGCCACGGAGGCGCUUCUAAUUACUUAGGGAAUCGCACUGAAGGAAUAGCUGGUCCAGAUUUGUUCAUCUUCAAUUCAAAGAGCCAAGAAUCUAGUAAACCUCAAAGGAACAGUGUUAAUCGUAAGGCUUAAGUCUAGACAGGCAAAAAACAUGCAGAUAAAUGUCACGGAAGCAUUUGCAAGAAAUAGUAGGCAAAGAACGGAGCCUCCUCACCAGAAAAACAUGUCGUAGUCCGAUCUAGAUGUAACAGACAUUUUCAAAAAUCUUUACACCACGAAAAACACGAUCUUUUUCCGGUAACAAAGACGUUAAGUGACUGGUUCUCCUUCAAGAGAGGGAACCUCUUUAGCGAAUAUGAGAAACAUUACUUCCUAUAAGGUGAAAACAGACAUGUUUUAUUCUACAGUGUGUAAAUACACUCACAUACGUGUAUAUAUCAUAGCAUAAGAAACAUAUGAAAAAUUAAUCACGGUACUAAAUUGACAACGGAGUGUAAGAUAAAUAAAAUUAGUUAUUGUUG